AUGUCCUCUCAAGGGUCUCCCUCCCCCCCGGUCCCCCACACCCCUUCCACUCCCACCUCUGUUCCAGCCUCCCACCCCGCCUCUCGAUCUGCCUCGGAACAGGACUCCGAACCGCGCGAACCUAGUGUGGGCAACCAGCGCGUCCCGCUCAACUUCGCUAACACGAAGGAGUUCAGUGAGAUGUGUGAGCCCUGGUUGAAGGAGGAGCAGUACCUCAUGUUUGAGGGCACUGAGUACCAUCCUGGGGACGUUAUCCUGUGGCACCCUACUGGUGUGACAGGCGAGCUCGAAAGGAAGGAGUGCUGGGUAGGUAUCCUUGUCGGCUGGAUGUUCCCAGACGACGCAUUCGCACGCGACGUGCCUGAGGACGAGUGGGAUGAGGAAGGUCCGCGGUCAUCGUUCUUUGGGCCUAUACAAAGAAGGACCUCAGCAGGUCGGCGAGACAUGCCCGUGAGGUGCCGGGGCAAGUUGAAAGGCUGGGGUCCUGAAUGGGACCCAUACAUCAAGGGGAUGAACAGCACCACUCGCGUGUUCGGCGCUCGCUACGAGUGCAUGAAGCCCUUUGGGCUCAUCGACUACGUCACCAAGAGGGAGGCAUACGACUUUGGCAUCGUCUGGGACGGCCUCAUAGUCGAGCACGGUGGCCCCCCGGACGGCACCCCCAGCGCCAAGUUCAAGAACCCCAUACAGCAGGGGUACGAGGAGCAGUGGUUCUUCCGCCUCCCCAAGAAACUUGUUGCCGCGAUGCCUUUUGUCGAGCGCGUCGAGCAGCGUGUCGAGGACGGCGUCUACACGCUCACUCACCACCCUGGCGAGAAGUAUCCCAGCUUUGAGGUUGUCCGCCACGCCCCCUUCAAGCGGGAUCUGCGCAACCGUGGUGUGCGCAAGAGCGUCUGA